AUGGAGCAAUCAUUCGUCAAUCAGGUGGUUAUGGCGGAAGCACAACACGAUGAUGGAUCAACACGACCAAGCGGCUCAUGUCGCGAUAAAAAACUGAAUAAGCCACGUCAAAGGCUAUCUAGGGGACACAAUCUCAUAGAAGAUUAUUUGGUCGAACGUCCAAUCUUCGACGCUCAAGACUUUCGCCGGAGGUACAGGAUGAGCAGAGACCGAUUCAAUAUUAUCAUGUCGGACCUCUGCAACCACGACCUGUCUUGGCAUGAAAUAGAAGACACCACUGGUUUGCUAGGGCUACUUCCACAACAAAAGAUGAUCGGGGCUCUACGAAAGCUAGUGUACGGGUCAGCCGCAUAUCAGUGUACUGAAAUUACAAGGAUGGGAGAAUCGACUACCCUGGAAUGUUUGAAGGAGUUUUUCAGCCAAGUGGUUCAUCUCUAUGGUCCAAGAUACCUCCGCAGUCCAACACCUGCAGACCUCACAUGA